CUAACAAGUUCCCCGGGCGCGCCUAGCACCAUGGACCACGUCCAUGGAGGACCUGACGAUAUGGAGAUGGCGUGCCCGAUGCAGAUGGCGUUCCACGGUGGCAGUUGCGAAGUGAUCCUGUUCCCCAGCUGGGUGACCACCGAGGUGGGCUUCUUCGUUGGCGCCACCAUUGGCUUCUUUCUGUUGGCGUUCCUGUACGAGGGUCUCAAGUUUGCGCGCGAACUGCUGCACGUCUCCGGAGCCGGCAAGCCGGGCUGCGUUGCGCCCGCUUCGCCGCUGACCAAGCGCACCUUCAGGGAGGCCCUGCUCAGCCGGGUGCACCUCGUGCAGAGUCUGCUCCACCUGGUGCAGGUGAUCGUCUCCUACCUGCUGAUGCUGAUCGUGAUGACGUACAACUACUGGCUGUGUUUGGCCGUCGUGCUGGGGGCCGUCUGCGGGUACUACAUGUUCGGCUGGGUGCGCAACAGCUCCGUCGACCCGACCGAGCACUGCAACUGAGAGCCGGCACCGGCACUACCGAUGAGACUACGUCACGUUACCUCUUCACUCU